AUGGGAGGCAAGAAGUCAUCUUCAUUCUCCUUUUGUGGAAUGUUCAAAUCAUGUUUCUCAAGUGAAAGCAAAAAUGAUUACUACAAUGAAGGGAGUAGCAGCAGGAUGUUUACCAGUGAUGAAGACAGAGGUCGUUGGGUUGCUGAGCCUGGUAUUGACAGGAAAGCAUCUGCUUUCAUAGCUAGAUUCUAUGCAAACCGAGUCACUGAUUCUGAACAGCAAAUUGCUUCUUGA